GGACUCUUGGAGAACUACAAAAAAGAGCCACUACGAAAAAUUCCCGAUCUCGCUGCAAAAAUCUCGACAAAUUUCCAAGGAUUUCGUUGCGAAUUCAUCGGAUUAAUCCUUCUCCUCCUUGAUCCGAUAAUUUCUGGAGUAGGGACUUUAGAGUGAUUAUGGAGGGCACAGUGUUCACACCGUCAUUGGAAGGAAUGAAGAAUGUGAAGUCAGAGCAAGGGGAAAUGCUGACGAAGCCUUUCCUUGAUGUGUGCAAGCUCAUUCUACCGGUUAUAGAUAAAUUUGGAGCUGCUAUGGCACUUGUUAAGUCUGAUAUAGGGGGCAAUAUAACGCGACUAGAAAACAAAUAUUCCUCUAAUCCGUCCAAGUACGAGCACCUUUACAGUAUGGUGCAAGAAGAAGUUGAUGCCAAAACAGCAAAGGGUUCUUCAAGUUGUACCAAUGGCCUUCUCUGGCUAACUAGGGCAAUGGAUUUCUUGGUGGCACUUUUCCGAAACUUACUUGAGCAUCCUGAUUGGACCAUGUCACAAGCCUGCUCAGAUUCAUAUGGGAAAACCCUAAAGAAAUGGCAUGGCUGGCUUGCUAGCUCUAGCUUUUCGGUUGCGAUGAAACUUGCUCCUGAUAGGAAGAAAUUUAUGGAUGUUAUCGGUGGAUCAGGUGACAUCAAUGCUGACAUUGAAAAGUUCUGCACAACGUUUCCCCCUCUUCUCGAAGAGAACCACAAGUUUUUGGCUAGCGUUGGUCUUGAUGACAUGAAAGCUUCUUGAUGCAAGAAUCUUAGCAUGUUUCACUCUGGUUUAUAUAGAACCUGGUACCGUUGAAUAAGUCUGUGCCCUAUGUCUUAUUACUUGUGCAAGCCGAAACCGUAUGGAU